AUGAAGACUGUAUACUCGACAUUGGGCUUUGCCCUUGGUGCCUCUGCUGCCUCCCUGGUUGCUCGUGACCAAUGCUGCUUCUCCUUGACCGCCGCCGGUGGCAAGAGUGGUGUUGUUGGUCAGCUCGGUGAUGGUCAGAACAGAAUUGGCCAGACUGCUGGACUUUCUACCGGACAGGCUACCUACUGCAUCAAUAAUGGUGGUCUGACUGACGAGAACGGCCGUGGAUGUAUCCUCACUCCUCCCACCACUCAGUUCCAAUGCGAUGUUGGUGCUGCUCCCACUACUGGAUUCGCAGUCAGCUCCAGCGGUGACUUGACCUACAACGGCAACACCCAGUUCUACGCUUGCGCUACUGGUGACAACGGUGGUUACAACAUCUACACCACCACUUCCAGUGCCGAGUCUGGAUGCGUUAAGAUCACUCUUAACACUGGCGGCAAGUGCGCUGGUUCCAACGGAUCUGGUAGCUCUUCUGCUGCCUCUUCGAAGCCCGCCUCUUCGGCCCCUGCCUCGAAGCCCGCAUCUUCUGCCCCUGCUUCAUCGGCUCCUGCACCCUCGAAGCCUGCCUCUUCGGCUCCUGCUUCGUCUGCCCCUGCACCCUUGAAGCCUGCCUCUUCCGCUCCCGCACCCUCGGCUCCCGCAUCUUCUGCUCCUGCCUCGCCUAUGCCUGCCUCAUCGGCACCUGCUGCAAGCCCCAUGACCGUCUACUCGACCGUCACCUCCACCGUCUACCACUGUGCUGCCAGCUGCACAUCUGCACCCAGCGCUCCCGCUUCCAUGCCCGCUUCCAUGCCCGCAUCCUCAGCACCUGCCCCUAGCGCUCCUGCCUCAUCUGCUCCUGCUGCAUCCAAGCCUGCAUCUUCUGCCCCAGCUCCCAGUGCUCCCGCCUCGUCUGCCGCUUCUAAGCCUGCCUCGUCGGCUCCUGCUCCAUCUGCCCCUGCCUCGUCUGUCCCUGCUAGCGGUACUGCCGGCGGCAACCACUGCGCAACUACCCUCUCCGGCGCUUACCAGACCCCUCACGCCAUCAUCCCUGUCAACAAGAACUCCCCGAGCACCAGCUACGGCACACAGUAUGAUGCUUAUUUCAGCUCUGCCAACAGCACCGUCUUCAACUUCGACAUUCCCUCAAGCUACUCUGGCAAGCAGUGCAGCGUCAUCUUCCUCCUCCCCAACAAGGAUCAGCUUGUUACCUCUGACUUCACCCUGUCUGGCUCCGGUGGUAUCAAGUUCGACCAGCUCUCUUCCCCCGCUCCCCUGAGCGUCAGCUACGCUACUUGCCCCGCUGUCAAGAGCACUCUUGGCAUGGUUGACAACGUUAUGCCCGGAAACAGCUACGUUGUCUCCACCAGUGCUUGCCAGGCUGGCUCCACCAUUUCCAUCCUCGCUAGCGCCACCGGCUCCCUCAACCUUGAGCUGUUCGAAGACUGGAACCCUAGCGCUAUCGGUCUUUUCAUCACCUCCUGUUAA